CCUCCCGCGGCCGCGGCGGCGCAGCCCGGCGUCUGCAAACUUGCAGCGCCCGCGGGGCACGGGCGAUGGCAGCGCGGGGCUGAGCAGCUCUGCUCGGGGGCAGCGCAGCAUGAAGAAGCCGGACGGGAAGGUGGUGUUGCUGGGGGACAUGAACGUGGGCAAGACGUCGCUGCUGCACCGCUACAUGGAGCGGCGCUUCCAGGACACGCUCAGCACCGUUGGCGGCGCCUUCUACCUCAAGCAGUGGGGGCCCUACCACAUCUCCGUCUGGGACACCGCAGGAAGGGAGCAGUUUCAUGGCCUUGGCUCUAUGUACUGCAGAGGUGCAGCUGCUGUGAUUCUUACAUACGAUGUAAAUAACCUGCAAAGCCUGAUAGAACUGGAAGACAGAUUCUUAGCACUGACUGACAGCGCUAGUGCUGACUGUAUCUUUGCUAUUGUUGGAAACAAAGUGGACCUCACCGACGAAUGUGCCUUACAACCAGAAGCAGAAGAUGAAAAUAGAUCUGAAAAGCCCAUCACCAGCUGCAUCUCUACCAAGGUGCAAAAACAAGUCCACAUGGAUGAUGCUAUUGCACUCUAUAAAAAGAUAUUGAAAUACAGAAUGUUGGAUGAAAAGGAUGUUCCAGCAGCUGAGAAAAUGUGCUUUGAGACUAGUGCAAAAACAGGAUACAAGGUAGACUUCCUCUUUGAAACCAUAUUUGAGUUGGUUGUGCCAAUUAUUCUACGGCAGAAGGCUGAGGGGCCACCACAAACUGUAGACAUAACUAAUUACAAGCCAGCAAAAAGGACAAGAUCUGGUUGUUGCGCGUGAGCCCAUGGAGAAUGGUGGGGGGGUUGUCAUCCUGUUACACAAUUAAGAAGAUAAUUAAAUCUGAGCUGCUUGCAGUUCAGCAGAGGAAAACUAGAGGAAUAAGUUUUCUAGAGUGAUUGUUUGUGGAACAACAAAUUUAAAGGUCAAAAAGUUUUUUUGGAAAAUUCAGCUUUUUAUGGAAAUGAAAAUCUAAGUAGAAGUUAUGGAAAAGUAGUUGUAAAUUUUACAGGGCUUUGUAUGGAGGAGAGUAUUUGUGAAGAAUGUACAGAAGUGGGAAUCUAUGCAGUGGUAUAGUUUCCAUGGAAGGUUAGUAUUGACAAUUGUUUAAACAGUCUCAAAGAUAUCCUGCUUGACUACUUAAAUGGGGAGAAAAAUUGUAUUAAAUGGCCAUGGUGAUUUGUAUUGAAUGCAAUUUUCACAUGAUUUUGUCAUAUAUUUCCUUGUAACUCUGACUCGGGAAUAUUUAGGUACUUGAUACUUUCUGUGCUUUACCAAUUUCAGUUAUAUGUAGCAGAUCAAACAAUUUCAAAUUCCUUCUGUCAGACACAACAAUGUAAGAUGUAUAUUCUGUACAUUAAAGUUACUAUGGAAUGGACAA